CGGGCGGGAGGAGGGCGAGCCCCCUCGCCGGCCGGCCCGGCGAUCCCUCCUGCCGGUCCGGGGCCCUGCGAUCUCCAAGCACUCCGGGGAGAAACUCCCGGAUCCGGUGCUGCCAGCCAGCAGCCCCCUCCCUCCCCGGGGGUCCCCGGCUUUCUGGCCUCCGCGCCCCGAUCCCUUCCGGCCUGGCUCUCUCGGACCCCCGAGAAGCCGGAGACCCCAGAAACCAAGCCCCCGGGCAGGCCCGGGCUUGUCGCCGGCACCACUUCCUGGUGGGAGGGGCGGGUCCUCCCCUCUGCCCCCUCAGGCCAGGGGUCUGGAUGCAUGAAGUGUUCCCUGAGCCUCCUCCCCCGGAAGAAUGUAGGUCACAGGCGCAGGCUUCCUGCCUCUUCCUCCAUCACGGACUCAGUUGUCUGGACCCUCAGUCACUUUAUCUACCAGGGACCCAGAAAUCCAGGGCCCCUAGCGUUGUCCUCCUCAGGGAUCAUGAGCCACCCCAGUUCCCUGGUUCCCCAGGACCCAGGAGUCCAGGCACCCUUCCCCUCCUCUCUCCUCUAGGGCCCACCAGCUCUGAGCAGAUCAUGAAGACAGGGGCCCUUCUGCUUCAGGGUUUCAUCCAGGAUCGCGCCGGGCGAAUGGGGGGCGAGACCCCCGAGCUGGCCCUGGAGCAGGCGCCCCAGGACGCAUCCACCAAGAAGCUUAGUGAGUGUCUCAAGCGCAUCGGAGAUGAGCUGGACAGUAACAUGGAGUUGCAGAGGAUGAUCGCAGCCGUGGACACAGACUCCCCUCGCGAGGUCUUUUUCCGAGUGGCAGCUGAGAUGUUUUCCGACGGCAACUUCAACUGGGGCCGGGUUGUCGCCCUUUUCUACUUUGCCAGCAAACUGGUGGUCAAGGCCCUGUGCACCAAGGUGCCCGAGCUGAUCAGGACCAUCAUGGGCUGGACACUGGACUUCCUUCGAGAGCGGCUGCUGGGCUGGAUCCAGGACCAGGGUGGUUGGGAUGGCCUCCUCUCCUACUUUGGGACACCAACGUGGCAGACAGUGACCAUCUUCGUGGCCGGAGUGCUCACCGCCUCGCUCACGAUCUGGAAGAAGAUGGGCUGAGGCCACCAGCUGCCUUGGACUGUGUCUUUUCUGCAUAAAUUAUGGCGUUUUUCUGGGAGGGGUGGGGAUCGGGGACCAUGGGCGUUUUUCUUACUUUUGUAAUUAUGGGGGGGGGACCGGAGUGGUCUCGGGGGGGCAAUAAACCUCUUUCGGGCCACA